AUGGUUGGGUAUGACAAACUGCGGCGGAUACUUUGUACUGUGUGCGUUUGCCUUUCUGUUGCAACAGAAGUACAAAGUGGAUCAGGAUUAAACACAGAGUCUGAUCGGUGCCAGAGUCAUUUUGUGGCAUGCAUGACAGCAAUCUUAAAUCAGAUGAACAACCAGCAUUACUCAGUUUACAUUGAAACUUUUCAGACAAGUUCAGAACUAGUGGACUUCUUGAUGGAAACUUUCAUAAUGUUCAAAGAUCUCAUUGGAAAGAAUGUUUACCCUUCAGACUGGAUGGCAAUGAGUAUGGUGCAGAACAGGGUGUUCUUGAGAGCCAUCAACAAAUUUGCAGAGACAAUGAACCAGAAAUUUCUGGAGAAUAUGAAUUUUGAAGUGCAACUGUGGAACAACUACUUUCAUUUGGCUGUGGCUUUUAUUACCCAAGAUUCACUACAGCUAGAAAACUUCUCCCAUGCAAAAUACAACAAAAUCCAGAACAAAUAUGGAGAUAUGAGACGUUUAAUUGGUUUUGCCAUCCGUGACAUGUGGUACAAACUCGGCCAGAACAAAAUUUGCUUUAUUCCGGGGAUGGUUGGACCUAUCUUGGAAAUGACUCUUAUUCCAGAAGUUGAACUACGAAAAGCUACAAUCCCAAUUUUCUUUGAUAUGAUGCUGUGUGAAUAUCAAAGGACAGGAGAAUUCAAAAAGUUUGAAAAUGAAAUAAUUUUGAAGCUGGACCAUGAGGUGGAAGGAGGACGUGGGGAUGAACAAUACAUGCAGUUGUUUGAGUCCAUUCUUACAGAGUGUGCAUGUCAGUAUCCUGGCAUUUUUAGCUUGGUUGAAAAUUUUGUCAGCCUAGUUAAAGGCCUGUUGGAGAAGCUGCUGGAUUACCGAACUGUGAUGAAUGAUGAGAGCAAGGACAAUCGCAUGAGCUGCACUGUGAACUUACUGAAUUUCUACAAGGACAUUAACCGUGAAGAGAUGUAUAUCAGAUAUUUGUAUAAACUGCGAGAUCUUCAUUUAGACUGUGAGAAUUACACGGAAGCAGCAUAUACCCUUCUACUCCAUACGUGGCUCUUGAAGUGGUCAGAUGAACAGUGUGCGCCCCAAGUCAUGUCUACAGAGUUCCAGUGUUCACAGACCUAUCGCCACUUGAAAGAGAAUUUGUAUGAGAAGAUCAUAGAAUACUUUGACAAAGGAAAGAUGUGGGAAGAAGCCAUAUCUUUAUGCAAAGAACUUGCAGAGCAGUAUGAAAAGGAAGUUUUUGACUAUGAACUUCUAAGCCAAAACCUGAUUCAACAAGCAAAGUUCUAUGAAAACAUCAUGAAAAUUCUGAGACCUAAACCAGACUAUUUUGCUGUUGGGUAUUAUGGCCAAGGAUUCCCCACAUUUCUAAGGAACAAAGUAUUCAUUUAUCGUGGGAAGGAAUAUGAGAGGAGAGAAGACUUCCAGGCCCAGCUGAUGAGUCAGUUUCCCAGCGCAGAGAAGAUGAACACCACCUCAGCACCUGGGGAGGAUGUGAAAAACUCUCCUGGUCAAUAUAUCCAGUGUUUUACAGUGCAGCCAGUCCUGGAGGAGCAACCUAGAUUCAAAAAUAAGGCAGUACCUGAUCAAAUUAUAAAUUUUUAUAAGUCCAACAAUGUACACCGGUUCCACUAUUCGCGACCAGUCAGAAAAGGAUCUGUUGACCCUGAAAAUGAAUUUGCUUCUAUGUGGAUUGAGAGAACAUCAUUUGUUACAGCAUACAAACUUCCUGGAAUUUUACGAUGGUUUGAGGUUGUCUCCAUGUCACAGACUACAAUUAGUCCUUUAGAGAAUGCUAUUGAGACUAUGUCCACAACAAAUGAAAAAAUUCUGAUGAUGAUUAACCAGUACCAGAGUGAUGAGAACCUCCCCAUUAAUCCACUUUCUAUGCUUCUGAAUGGAAUUGUUGAUCCAGCUGUUAUGGGUGGCUUCGCUAAAUAUGAGAAGGCUUUUUUUACAGAAGAAUAUAUCAGAGACCAUCCAGAGGACCAAGAAAAGCUGAAUAGACUCAAAGAUCUAAUUGCUUGGCAGAUACCUUUCCUUGGGGCUGGAAUUAAAAUUCAUGAAAGAAGAGUUUCUGAUAAUCUUCGUCCUUUCCAUGACCGUAUGGAGGAAUGUUUCAAGCAUUUAAAAGUUAAAGUGGAAAAACAAUAUGGAGCCAGAGAAUUGCCAGAUUUCGAUGACAAGAGAGUAGGACGGCCAAGAUCAAUGCUGAGAUCCUAUCGUCAGUUAUCAGUUAUUUCACUGACCUCCAUGAAUUCAGACUGCAGUACUCCAAACAAGAUUGCUUCAGAAAGCUUUGAUCUGGAAGUAGCGCUACCAAAGCCAGUAAAAGCAGAAUCAGAGGAGACUGCUCUGCAAAUUAAUCCUCACCCUGAAGUAAAGAUGAGAAGGUCCAAAAAAAGAACAAAACGAAGCAGUGUGGUGUUUGCUGAUGAGAAGACGGGUCCUGAGAUAUCUAUCUCUGACAUGCAAUGUCUGUCAAGGAAAUAUGAGUUCAUGAGUGACACCAACCUCUCAGAACAUGUAGGGGCACCUCGGAAAACGUCUGUCCUCAAGCAGAUGAGUUCUGUCAGUCGUUCUAUGCCAACUAUCCCAGGAGUAACUCUGUCCGUCAGCCUUGUGGCGCCUGAUGAAACAACUGCAUCACAUAGGCUGAGUCAACCAGUGUUUCCUUCCACCUCAGAUGGUGACAAGAAAACCUUCAAAAAAAAGAAAGUGAACCAGUUAUUUAAAACAAUGCGCAUUUCCAAAGUUCUAGAAGAUGGAAAGCAGUCUGUGGAGCAGCAUUUCAAAUCUCCAUCUACAGAUCUGUAA